AUCACUAGAAGUUUGUAAUUCUGUGAAGACAGGCAUGCAGCACAACAUCAGCAGUACUUCUUCGUUGCCUGGAUUGGGGCUGUGUGGACCCGGAGUAGAUGAAGGUGAAGAUCUGUGGAACCGGAGCACCGGGACCCAACGUAACCUCUCUCUGAGAUGCUGGCUCCAGCUGUUGUCUAAAGAAGCCAUGCCAGAGCUGUAUGGUGACACCUCGAGUAUGGCCAUGCGCGUCGUAAUCGCACUCGUCUAUCUGGUGGUGUGUGCUCUCGGUCUGGUGGGGAACUUGCUGGCACUGUAUCUGCUCAAAUCUCGGCACCGGCUCAAGCAAUCAUCCAUAAACUGUUUUGUCAUGAGCUUGGCUAUAACGGACCUGCAGUUUGUACUGACACUUCCCUUCUGGGCUGUGGACACGGCGUUGGACUUUCGCUGGCCAUUUGGCAAGGUCAUGUGCAAGAUUAUCAGCUCAGUCACUACCAUGAAUAUGUAUGCCAGUGUGUUCUUCCUGACAGCUAUGAGUGUGGCGCGUUACUGUUCUCUGGCCUCGUCCUUACGCAUGCACAGCCCCAAGAUGGCAUCGACCGAGGUGAAAUGGGCAAGUGUGGCCAUCUGGCUCGUGUCUCUGCUGGCAACGCUGCCUCAUGCUGUCUACUCAACCACGGCACAAGUGUCAGAUGAUGAACUUUGCCUUGUACGCUUCUCAGACCUGGGAAACUGGGAUCCACAGCUUUUGCUGGGUCUCUAUCAGACACAAAAAGUGCUCCUGGGUUUUGUCAUUCCACUGAUUAUUAUCUGUGUUUGCUACCUACUUCUGCUGCGCUUCGUGUUGCAAAGACGAGUUAGUGGGAUCCCCGGCUCAGACAGUGAACGAGGGAGGCACAAGCGCCGUUCCAAAGUCACCAGAUCUGUCACCAUUGUGGUCCUGUCAUUCUUCCUAUGCUGGCUGCCCAACCAGGCACUGACACUUUGGGGGGUCUUAAUCAAGUUCGACUUGGUGCCAUUUAGCAAGGCCUUCUAUAACGCCCAGGCCUACGCUUUCCCCAUUACUGUGUGCCUCGCACACACCAAUAGCUGUCUCAAUCCAGUGCUUUACUGUCUCAUCCGGCAGGAGUAUCGCGCCAGUCUCAAGAAGCUGUUGCUGAGAGCCACACCAUCCUUACGCAACCUGACCAAUUUAGUGCGCAGGAAUAAGAAGGUCGCCGAUGUUCCACCUGGCUUGGCUGUCGUGCAGAUGGAUGCUGGACUGUGAAGUAGUCCAUGGAACCAUAUGUGACAUGUAGUCAUCCCAGAUCAUCAUACCAGUUUUGUAAUGGCACCCAGCAAGUUAUGAUUGGACUAAUACUUCUGGGGUCCAUGAAACUGGACUCUAAACCGACCAGCAGGACUUUCGUCAGAAUUGUAGUAUUUAAAGGUGGUCUGCUUUUUGAUUCAGGAACUCUGUCUGUUUGGUAUCUACUGUUUGGUUUCUGUAUGGCUCUGUCCAAAACGCUGGGGUUCUUGUGUCACGCUUGUUCAUUUUUGUCUUUGCUAUAGCUCUGGAAAUACAGAGAUGAUGUCUGAUGUCCUUUUUUUUUAAGAAUCAUAACUGAUUAUCGAACAUUGAAUAGAAGAAAAUGGUCAAAACUCAAGACUUUCAUCGAAGGAAACAGAUAAAAACAAUAACAUAAGACUCAAUAGCUUACCUGCAAUAAGAAUUACUUUCUCCAGGCUUUUUUACUGUACAAUGCCCAGUGUGAUACCUCAGGCUUAUAUAAUUAUAUUGUCUUUUUAUUUCAUUUUUGCAGGAUGGAGUCAAAUAAAUAUUACACAAAGGACCAUAUGUACCCACCUGCAUGUGAUAAAAUAGAAAUGACCGUAAUGAAAAUGCACUGUGCACAGCCAUGAUUUGAAUUAUAUACAUAAUAUAAUGUGUACUGUGAAAUAAAAAUUUGUAGGUCAUUCUGAAUCUGAA